GUGUGCACGAGUGUGCGUGCAAUACGCGCAACGUUGUGACGGCUAUGUUGACAUUUAAUUUAUCACCGCGACGAAUAUACAAGUUUUACUCGAGGGAUUCGAGGAUCGGCGAGAGCUCUUCGUGAGAGAGGUGCGACACUUGCUGGAUCCUCGUCUACGAGACACGCGAGUGUCUCACACUGACGCGUGGUGAUGAUGCGAGCUUUGUACGCGACAGGGCUUUGGCUCUGUGCACGACGCGCCAUAUUGGUUUGAGAGUAUCGUCGUCCUAGGAUCCGUGCGUAUCGCUUUUGAAAUAUCGCGAAUGAACCCAGUGUGACAUUGCGCUUCGACGAUGGAAGAAACCAAGAUUAUCUAUCACAUGGACGACGAGGAAACGCCGUAUCUGGUGAAGCUUAACAUAUCGCCAGAAAGAGUGACCCUGGCCGAUUUCAAGAACGUUUUAAAUCGGCCGAAUUACAAGUAUUUCUUCAAGUCCAUGGACGAUGAUUUCGGUGUGGUAAAAGAAGAAAUUAUAGAUGACGAUGCUCACUUGCCAUGUUUCAAUGGUCGAGUUGUGUCUUGGUUGGUAUCAGCCGAAGGUAGCAAUGUCUCGGAUGGUGCGUCCCAAUGUACAGACUCUAUGGCGCACAGUGAAGUUAAGCACGACCGUGUGGAUCAUGUAACACCUGGACAUGGCAACAGAGGGACAGCACCACUUUCGCACGACGACACAUUGACAGAGACAGAGAGUAUUAUCAGUAGUCGGCAGGGGCACCACUUGCACAAAAGUUCGAGACAUCACUCGGAAAAAUAUGAAAAAUACAAUAAAUACAACGGACUUCGUAUAAAUGGUCAUUCCAAGCAUCGCUCGGGCCACGGGUAUGAAACUGCUUCCAUUCUGAGCUCGGAUUUAGAAACUACAACGUUUUUGGAGUCCGACGACGACGCGAGUAGUCGUAUCACAUCAACGACAGGCCGGCACACCAAUAUGAGCAGCACAGUCGAUAGGGGUACUCUGGAUCGACGUCGACCGCAAAGAAGACGGCGGCAUAGAUUACCACCCAUGUCCCGAACAUCGUCAUUUAGUAGUAUUACCGACAGUACAAUGUCUUUAAAUAUUAUAACUGUUUCGCUGAACAUGGACACUGUUAAUUUCCUUGGUAUUAGCAUCGUCGGUCAAAGUAACAAAGGUGGAGAUGGGGGAAUAUAUGUCGGUUCGAUAAUGAAAGGGGGAGCGGUUGCUCUAGACGGUAGAAUUGAACCUGGUGACAUGAUUCUUCAAGUCAAUGACAUUAAUUUCGAAAAUAUGUCCAACGACGAAGCGGUGAGAGUGUUGCGUGAAGUAGUACAGAAGCCAGGACCAAUAAAGCUCGUUGUUGCGAAAUGUUGGGAUCCGAAUCCGAAAGGUUACUUUACGAUACCUCGUACAGAACCGGUACGUCCUAUAGAUCCUGGUGCAUGGGUGGCGCACACAGCCGCCAUACGUGGCGAAGGCUUCCCGCCUCGCCCACCGAGUGCCACUACGUUAACUUCGACAUCGAGCAGUCUCGCGAGCACACUACCAGAUACCGAACGCCCGUUGGAAGAGCUUCAUCUGACCGUCAACACCGACAUGCCGACGGUGGUACGAGCAAUGGCUCGAUCUGACUCGGGAUUAGAGAUACGCGAUCGUAUGUGGCUUAAAAUAACCAUUCCGAAUGCAUUUAUUGGCGCGGAGGUUGUGGACUGGCUGAAUACUCACGUAGAAGGAUUUAUCGAUCGCCGCGACGCCAGGAAAUACGCGUCGCUCAUGCUGAAGGCUGGCUUUAUUCGACACACAGUGAACAAGAUAACAUUUUCCGAACAAUGUUAUUACAUAUUUGGUGAUUUGUGCUCAGCCAUGAGUAGCAUGAAAUUAGAUUGUGAUACGGUCGGUCCUCUGCCGCCGCCGAAUGCUUGGGACAUGCCUUACUCGGGAACGUACGCACCGCACUCGGCGACAGGUUACAGCCCUAUGCCGUUCAAUUUUACAAACGAGCCCACCGUCUACGGUUACCAUCGAGAAGAGAGCGUGCACAGCGGUUCGGGUGGCAGUAGCGCUGGUAGCGAACGCAUUUGCAAGGAACCCAUUCACGAUUUAAAGUCGUGUUCUUCGGCUUCGGAAUCGGAGCUGCAUAACCCGUCGUCGAUGCCCACAUCGAUGCCGAGCAAAAAUUCCGGCAACGGUAACGGAUCGAACGGAAAGAGAUCCAACGGCAGUCGCAGUCGUUCCAGUGGUUCCGAGCAGUCUGUUCAAACGGGAACAGGGUCGGGAAAUCAGCAGAAUCAGCAAGACUUAUCUGGAUUGUCUGCGACAAUGGGGCAGCUAUUUCUUUAAAAGAUUCGAGAGGAUAUUAUUUCUAUAUAUUCGACGAAAUUCAUUUAUUUUGAUUUCAAGUGAUCGCGCGAUGUCUUGAGAAACAUUUAUCCGAGAAAACACUCGUAUAGACCAGAGGUGGUUCGUUCAAUUGUUAGUUCGUUGGAAACUUUCAAUUAUCUACGCGUGAUGCACUCUUCUAUACACCACAUACCUAAAUGAGAAGCUAUUCUCGAAAAUCGAAGAGACUCCUCACGAUAAUUAUGUUAUGCGACAUUGUAUUUGAAUUCAUUGAAAUGUACAUACAUGCAAAUUAUGCUCAUACUACACACGUGCCAUUAUUAUCAGUGUUAGAAAGACGUACAAGAUUUAAUUUAUAUAGAUGUGCUUGCAGAGGUGUACGCAUUUCUUAUAGAUUAUAUUCAUUGUCAUAUUUUUUAUAACUAGUAAUACGAUUUUCAUGUGUAUGUUUCAUUUAACAUUCUAAACAUUACGUUCCACUCCGUCGAAAUGCGUUCUUCUUCUUCUACCUACGUCUUGCCAUUGCGUUGUCGUCGACUUGAUUUACUGCAUUUUGCUACGAAAAGAUGUUUCUUUUUUUCCAUUGACGCGAUGGUAUGACAGAAAGGUUAUUCUUAGUUUUAUAACGUUAAUAUGUACCAUUUCUACCAGAGGAACUUUGGACACGUUGAAACCGCCUUUCUUUUCUCCAAAUCAACGACGAAAGGCAAUGUUUCCUUUCGACACGCGCACACAUACAUAAACGAAAAUAAAAACGCACACAUCUAUGUGGUUAUUUGUACAAACUAGGAAAGUAAAUGAUCUGCAAUGCGUUCAAUGUUCCACUGUAUAUACCAAUGUUCCAAUAUACGCUUGGUAUUUCGAGACGUCAGCUGCCAAAUAUAACUUUGUGAAUAUAUUGAUGUGUAUGUAUGCGCAUCAAUCUCUUCGAUCGAUUGGAAAUGAACGAGAAGAGCAUCGAUUACACUGUAACGUUUCAUUCAUGUUCUUUGGCAGUGAUGUUUCGUCGAAUCGCGUCUCAUUUUGUACUAUGUUACUCGUUACGAAGCUGUAUUUGAAGGAUGAAUGUCGUGCAAUUUUCCCAAUUGACUAAACGUUUGUUGCGUUUCAGAUGAAAGAAAAAAUGUAUCGUUUUCAUUUAUAAGCUUAUAAUUAUAGUACAAUUUGACAUAUGAUUGGUUUGUAAAAAUAUAUCUUUUCUUUAUGGGA